AUGAGAAGAUAUGUUGGAGCCAAAUCAGCCAUCUCUGAAGCUUCUGAGAAACUAAACACUAUUUUAAUUGUACACGAAGCUAUUGCAGAGCUGGGAACAAAAAUCUCGACAGACCCGCCGGACUGCAAACCCACUUUUGGUUCAAUUAUUUCUGCUAGAAUAAAAAUUAAUCUCUCAAAACCUCUUCACAGAGGUGGUUGGUGGAAUACAGCAGCAGGUGGUCAUACUUGGACUCGUUUCCACUGGGAAAGACAGUCGCACAACUUAUGUCCAAAAUGUUGUACUAUUGAUCAUGAUGAAGAUGAGUGUCUUAAUACUGCAGAUAAUCUCAUGAUUCGAAUAUUUACCAAUGAAGAGUAUAUUGAAUAUAUUCAUGAGCUCUCUAAAGCUUACGGAGUGGAGAUAGUUGAGGACUUGGAUACUCUUAGAAAAAAAAUCUGUGAAGCUAGUAAGAAGGAAAAAGAAGCUGAAAAUGAAGAGGAGGAUUCUAGUCGAAGUCACAAAAGAUCUAGGGUUGAAGAUCAGGAAAAUAACAUAGAGGGAAUUACUGAAAAUCCACCUCCAAUCUCUGACUUUGAUGGCAUGGAACAUGACUUGAUUGAAGAAGAACAAGGUGGUACAAGUCAGCAGUCCCAUGAGAUGAAUAAGGCCAACAAUACACUGCUGCAGUUUCAAGUACAGAGCAUGCAAAGUGUAGGGGUCUGAGGGAGGCGAUCUUAUGGGCAAAGGAGAGGAAUUUGGAGAAAGUAUGUUUUGAACUGGACUCUCAGUUGGUAGAAGAAGCAG